AUGUCCUUCCCGCAGCUGGGCUACCCGCAGUACCUGAGCCCCGCGGGGCCCGGCGCCUACGGCGGCGAGCGCCCGGGAGUGCUGGCCGCGGCUGCCGCGGCGGCCGCCGCCGCCUCGUCGGGCCGGCCCGGGGCGGCGGAGCUGGGCGCGGGCGCGGGCGCGGCCGCCGUCACCUCGGUGCUGGGCAUGUACGCGGCGGCCGGCCCGUACGCGGGCGCGCCCAACUACAGCGCCUUCCUGCCCUACGCCGCGGACCUCAGCCUCUUCUCGCAGAUGGGUUCACAGUAUGAGCUCAAGGACAACCCCGGGGUGCACCCCGCCACCUUCGCCGCCCACACGGCGCCGGCCUAUUACCCCUACGGGCAGUUCCAGUACGGGGAUCCUGGGCGGCCCAAGAACGCCACGCGCGAGAGCACGAGCACCCUCAAGGCCUGGCUCAACGAGCACCGCAAGAACCCCUACCCCACCAAGGGCGAGAAGAUCAUGCUGGCCAUCAUCACCAAGAUGACCCUCACGCAGGUCUCCACCUGGUUCGCCAACGCGCGCCGGCGCCUCAAGAAGGAGAACAAGGUGACGUGGGGCGCGCGCAGCAAGGACCAGGAGGACGGCACUCUCUUCGGAAGCGAUACCGAGGGGGACCCUGAGAAGGCCGAGGACGACGAGGAGAUCGACCUGGAGAGCAUCGACAUCGACAAGAUCGACGAGCACGACGGCGACCAGAGCAACGAGGAUGACGAGGACAAAGCCGAGGCGCCGCGCGCGCCCGCCGCGCCUGCCGCCCUCGCCCGGGACCAGGGCUCGCCGCUGGCGGCCGCCGACACGUUCAAGCCCCAAGACUCCCCCCUGGGCCUGGCCAAGGAGGUCCCGGAGCCUGGCAGCACGCGCCUGCUGAGUCCGGGCGCCGCGGCGGGCGGCCUGCAGGGCGCGCCGCACAGCAAGCCCAAGAUCUGGUCGCUGGCCGAGACGGCCACCAGCCCCGACGGUGCGCCCAAGGCCUCUCCGCCUCCCGCCGGCCAUGCGGGCGCGCACGGGCCCCCCGCGGGCGCGCCGCUGCAACACCCGGCCUUCCUGCCCAGCCACGGACUGUACACCUGCCACAUCGGCAAGUUCUCCAACUGGACCAACGGCGCGUUCCUCACGCAGGGCUCGCUGCUCAACGUGCGCUCCUUCCUGGGCGUUGGCGCGCCCCACGGCCCGCACCUGUCCGCGCCGCCGCCGCCGCCGCAGCCACCCGUCACCGUGGCCGCGGGGGUGCUCCACAGCGACAAGGCCUCGUCCCGCAGCAGCCCCUCGCUCCCAGAGAGAGACCUCAUCCCCAGGCCGGACUCGCCGGCACAGCAGUUAAAGUCGCCCUUCCAGCCCGUGCGCGACAACUCGCUGGCCCCGCAGGAGGGGACGCCGAGGAUCCUAGCAGCCCUCCCAUCAGCCUGAUCCAGGGUCUUCUUUUACUUUUGCGGGGGGAGGGGGG